UAUGUCUUUGAGAAAUGAGAAUAUGAGAAGCAGGACGAAGGUGUGCGACGUUGGGACAGGGUGAAGACAUACUUGCGUAGCUGUGGGGAGGCCACUAUUCGUUGCUAGCUUCUGUUCCAAAUUCUGCCCGAAGUUUCAUCACUGAAUCCGAUUCAUACGAGCGUAUUCUCAUCAUAGAUGCAACAGUAAUUUAAAAUUAUUUCAGAUUUUUCUAUUUCACUAAUCUCGUUCGUGAUGCAACAAUAUUCUCAUGUAGAUUGUCUAUGACCACUGCCGAGUUGGAAUCUAAGCCCGCGAUGAGGAAUGUGAGGCUCAGAUCCACUGCGAUUUGCUGCAUGACGAUAGUGGUUCUCUUCAUUGUGAAUCUACCUGUGGCCAACGUCAGCAGGAUUGCCACCACAUCGAACACUGCAGAUGCUAAACGCUAUGCAAUUGUCAUUGAUGCUGGUAGCAGUGGAUCUCGAGUGUACGUUUACGAGUGGCCAUCAACGAGCAAUGGCCGGUCGCUGUUGUCUCUCAAGCAGAAAACUGAUGAGAACGGAAAGUUGGUUACAAUGAAAACUGAACCAGGCUUGUCCAGCUUUCGCAGCACACCCCAGCGGGCGUACUCAUCCCUCGUUCCCCUGCUGAAGCUAGCUGCCUCCCAUAUUCCUUCGGAACUGCAUCCCACUACGAAUAUUUACGUUCUCGGCACUGCUGGGUUGCGCUUGGUGCCCGCUAGGGAAAGAAAUGCCAUUCUUGCAGCGGUGUUCUCCCGUAUUCGUGCUCAGUACCGAUUCAACAUCCAAGCAGAUCACGUCAGGGUCAUUUCAGGGCAAAUGGAGGGUGUGUUUGGAUGGAUUGCUGUGAACUAUGCGCUGAGUCGGCUGUCCAGGUCGUCCGAUGGCAAUCAACUGGAGACUCAUGGCUUCAUAGAAAUGGGAGGUGCAUCGGAGCAAAUCGCCUACGAAGUGAAGAAUGAGGUUCUACCUGCAGAGGUCGGUAUGGAUAUUCAGCUUUGUCCACCAUCUGCCACAGCUUGUCUCAACUAUCAUCUUUAUGUCACAACCUUCUUAGGUUUCGGUGCCAACUCAGCAUACCAGAAAUAUAUCCAGAAGCUGGCGAAUCAAGCACGGUCUCAAACAAAAUCGCCUGUGAGUGUUGUGGAGGACCCGUGCCAGCCACGAAACAUGGCAGUAGCAGUCAAAGCCUCAGGCUCUCAGGUUGAAGUUUUAGCAGCUGGUGAGGAAGCUCUACCGGCAGGUACGAACAUAGAGCUGAAAGGCACUGGGCAGUUUGCGGCUUGUCGGAAGUCCUUGUUGCCGCUGCUGGAAGCAAGUCAAGAGGAGUACCAUUCCCUUGGUGGCGCAUAUCAGCCUCGCUUGCCACUGUCACGUAGCUUCUACGGCCUGUCAGAGUAUUGGUAUUGCAUGGAGGACAUCCUGGGGAUUGGCGGCCGCUACCAAUACCAGCGAUACGUACAAGCAAACCAAAAAUUCUGUGGUAUGGCAUGGGCAGAUAUAAAGAAAGAGAAGGAAAUCGACAAAAAGUACCCGAAAGCAGAUUCCAAUCGGUUGAGGCGUCAAUGUUUCAAGGCUGCCUGGCUGGCUGCGGUGUUGCACGAUGGGCAUCACUUCCCGGAGAAAUUUGACCACUUUCAAUCUGUGAGUGAGAUUGAUCACAGUGAGGUGCAGUGGACGCUCGGAGCGCUUGUCUACAAUCUACAUCGGCCUUCGUCUGACAGUAGUGGAGGCAUGCUUAAUCUGCCAUCAUACUCGACAUUGCCCUACAAACUCCUUCUGUUGGCUGCGUUUGUUUCUUUUCUUGUGGCAUUCCGAUCGUCUUGUCGGAAGCGACUGUCACAAUUCUUUUAUGGUUAGGGCUGUGUUUGUAUUCCAACUCCUCCAUCUUUGAAUUUAUUUUCUUACCCUUCUGCAAGCGGUUUCAUGUACUUCAAAGUUUAAAAAAAAUACUUUUUACCUGUUUUAUACUAUUUAUUAUAGUGUCCCAGGAUUGUCUGGUGUUCUAAUUCUAAUAGAUACUUUACUGGAGUUAUGCUGGAUACGCAACAUUCUUUUUUUUCUCACUUCCAGACUUCUGGUGCUAUGCACUCGAGCUAGAACGCAGUGCACAGGUCCUGUCGUUGUUUCUUGAUAUGUGUGUCUGUGUCCAACUUGAUCUGCAGCAUCACUUAUGAAUGCAGCCUUGAUGCAUGUAGGUUGUGCUUGAGAUACUCUCUCAGUUGAUUUUCCCCUGGGACAAUUCAAUAUUAUUUCAAUGGCGUAACCGGAAUGUACUCUUUGCCGCCCAUGUUACACCCUUCCUGCCACUUUCCUCCUUCUGUCUUCUAAUUGUUCAAGAAAGCCAUUGACUAUUGUUCCAAGUUUGUGUCAACCGU